CGAAAAUAAUAAAAAUAAUCUUUUUGUAAUAUACAAUAAAUUUGAUCUUCUUUUUCGAUCGUCAGUACCAUUAUAAAAAUGAGUUCCGAAACUCCAACAAACCCAACACUAGAACACAUUCUAGCACAACAGCAGGCACAGAUUGCUAGACUUGAACAACUACUAAUUAACAACGCUCAAUCUUCAGCAUAGCCUUCUGAUCAACACCAACAGCAACCAACAAAUAUGGAUGAAGAGGCUAUUGUAUCUCACCUUCAUUCUCUGGAAAUACGCCCGGAUUAUAUCUGGCAGCCUUCUCCAUUUUUAACUCAAGUUAUGCACUUUGCUCAACCACUUUUUACUACGCCAACCCUUUCUGACGAUGUCCGUAGAUAUCAUUGAACGAUAUCCUGGAAUGAAGAAUACAGAUUAUCAACCGCCUGAUACGAUUCCUGUGGCAGCUCGUAGUAUGAAACCGGCCCAAACUAAACAUGACCGUUCUCUUAAACGGUUGCAGUAUCUCUCUUCGGGUAUUUUCUGUCCUCUCAACAUUUUAGCUCUAGAAUUGAGCAGGGAAACGGACAACCCUAACAUUCAACGUUACUUGCAUAUGCUUUCUAACUGUCGUUGUUAUGAUUGUAGUCGUAUUUACAACUAAGUUAAUAGAAAUAAG